AUGCCUGGCGACGUGCAGCACACCAUUGCCGACAUCUCGCGCGCGCUGGCCGCCAAGCACAUCCCCCCUACGCACGACUGGAUGAUCGCCUUUGCCCAGUCCAUCCGUCCAAACACUCCCAUCCAGGCUCUGCAACGGACGGCCGAAUUCCGUCUGCUGGGCACCGAUAUCGUCACCUCCCUCCAGUCCUCGACUCAGUCUACCUUCCCUUCUGGGAUUACCAACCCGAAUGUCAAAGAACUGCGCAUACCUGGGCCUGUACCCGUUCAGGUGCUGGAUAUCGAGGACAUUGGGCGCAGCAGAUGGAGUCAGGUCGAGGCUAUAGAGAUGGAGGAGCGAGGCGAGACGCGUAAAGGGCAUGAAGUCAUUCGUGUUGUGCAGGAUGAAGAGGACAAUUCAGAUCCGAACCCUCCUCCAACCAACGCCAACUCGCCCUCUGGACCGCAUAAGAUCCUUCUUCAGGACGCCAAGGGCAACAAGGUCUACGCAUUUGAGCUGGAGACAGUCAAUGGGGUCGAUGUGUCUAUGGCGAUUGGGUCGAAGCUGGUCCUGAAGGACUUCCUCGUUGCUCGCGGCGUCAUCAUGUUGACCGCUCGCGGCACCACAGUCUUGGGCGGCAAAUUGGAUGCUUGGGACAAGAAGUGGAGGGAGGAUAGGAAGAAGGUUCUGAAGGAGAAGGCGGGCUGGUCCGAGAACCCGGCUGCGUAG